AUGCUGCUUGAUUUGGGAAACCAGAGCUCUGUGACUUCGUUCAUCCUAGUGGGGUUCUCAGAUUACCCCCAGCUCCAAGUGCCCCUCUUCCUGGUGUUCCUGAUCACCUAUACGGUCACUCUGGUGGGAAACUUGGGCAUAAUUGCUGUCAUCAGGAUCAAUGCAAAACUUCACACACCUAUGUACUUUUUUCUCCGCCAUCUUUCCCUUUUAGAUAUUUGCUAUUCCACUGUAUUUACACCCAAACUCUUAGAGAUUUUAAUUGUGGAAGAAAGAACGAUCUCCUUCAAGGGAUGCAUGACACAGUUUUUCUUCAUUUGCAUGUUUGUGGUCACAGAGAUGUUCAUGUUGGCAGUGAUGGCCUAUGACCGGUUCAUGGCUGUCUGUAACCCCUUGUUCUACACAGUGGCGAUGUCUCCUAAGCUCUGUGCUCUCCUGGUAACAGGAAGUUACAUGUGGGGUGCACUCUGCUCAGUGAUACUCACAUACUCCCUUUUGCAACUAACAUACUGCCACUCUAAAGCCAUCAACCACUUUGGCUGUGAGUAUUCUGCAGUCAUUUCUGUGUCCUGCUCGGACUCCACCUUCAGCAAGAUGGCAUCUCUAAUGAUAUCUAUACUGAGUGAGGCCUGCAGUCUCCUGAUCACCCUCACCUCCUAUGUGGUCAUCGUGGUGACUAUCAUCAGGAUGCCCUCCAAGGGUGGACUCCAAAAAGCCUUCUCCACCUGCACCUCCCACCUGACCGCCAUCAGCAUCUUCCAUGGCAUGAUCCUCCUCCUCUACUGUAUACCCAGCUCCAAGAGCUCCUGGCUUCUGGUCAAAGUGGCCACUGUGCUUUUCACAGUCCUGAUCCCCAUGCUGAACCCCCUCAUCUACAGCCUCAGGAACAAGGAUGUGAAAGACACAGUCAGGAGGUUAAUCAACUCCAGACUGCAUUCCCAUUCACAAUAA